CGGUCUGACGUACCCAAAGCUGUUGGUAUAAAUGAAUUCACGGCGUCACCAAGCUCAGAUGAUUCGCAGUACCAGUGAGCGCACCCGGCUGUCAACACUCAUGGGCUACAACACACACAAGCUUCCCUCACACCCACUCACAAACACGCCUGCGUCAUGCGUCCUGAGAGCGACAGCACGAACUCGGUAAGUCCGAUGGACCCGGUAAAGCGCACAGCAGCAGCAGCAGCAGCAGUCUGACGGGCUGACUGCCUCCUGCCUUUCUGUCCACUCGUGUGUCCCCAACUGCUUUGGGAAAGUUGCGCUCUGAGUGUGGUCACAUUAUGGAUUUUAUAACAGCAAGCGGCAACGACAGCAACGCGACAAGCGGUUACCCUGAUGGGGUGGAAGUGGUUGCCGACUGGGACGGGGGUGAGAAUGGCACAGGGUCUGGGUCUCAGCCAGACCUGGUGCUGAGUUAUCAGAUUAUCACUUCUCUGCUCCUGGGGGCCCUCAUCCUCUGCUCCAUAUUUGGCAAUGCGUGCGUCGUGGCAGCCAUCGCCCUGGAGAGAUCUCUCCAGAAUGUGGCCAACUAUCUGAUCGGAUCCCUGGCAGUGACAGACCUCAUGGUUUCGGUGCUGGUUCUGCCAAUGGCGGCCCUCUACCAGGUUUUGAACAAGUGGACUUUGGGGCAGGAGAUUUGUGAUUUAUUUAUCUCUCUGGAUGUACUGUGUUGCACAUCAUCCAUCCUGCAUCUGUGCGCAAUCGCCUUGGACAGGUACUGGGCCAUAACAGACCCCAUUGACUAUGUAAAUAAACGGACACCCAGGAGAGCUGCGUUCUUGAUUAGCGUCACUUGGUUAAUUGGUUUCUCCAUCUCUAUUCCGCCUAUGUUAGGCUGGAGAAGCGCCGAAGACAGGGCGAAUCCCGACGCCUGCAUGAUCAGCCAGGACCCGGGCUACACCAUCUACUCUACGUUUGGAGCUUUUUACAUUCCGCUCAUCCUCAUGCUGGUCCUGUACGGGCGAAUAUUCAGGGCCGCUCGGUUUCGGAUUCGAAAGACAGUGAAGAAAACCGAGAAGGCAAAAGUGUCAGACAAGUGCUCGGCCGUGUCUCCAGCCAUCUUCCACAAAAAAACCAACGGGGAGGCCGGAGGAAAGGGCUGGAAGCGCGGCGACGACUCCAAAGCCAGUUCUCCGUGCGUAAACGGCGCGGUGAAGCAUGGAGACGAGGGCGAGUCGCUAGAGAUCAUAGAAGUUAUCAGCAACUCCAAGACGCACCUGCCUCUGCCCAACACCCCCCAGUCGUCCUCGCACGGCUACGAAAACAUGAACGAAAAGAACUCGGGGGCGAAGAGGAAGCUUGCACUGGCCCGGGAGCGUAAAACGGUGAAAACGCUCGGGAUCAUCAUGGGAACUUUCAUCUUCUGCUGGCUGCCCUUUUUCAUCGUCGCGCUGGUGCUGCCUUUCUGUGCAGAGAGCUGCUACAUGCCCGACUGGCUGGGUGCAGUCAUAAACUGGCUGGGAUACUCCAACUCUCUCCUCAACCCCAUCAUAUAUGCCUACUUCAACAAAGACUUCCAAAGUGCUUUCAAGAAGAUCAUAAAAUGCAAAUUCCACAGACCGUAAAAAGUGCACAGUUUUAUCAAACUUUUAACUGAACGUGGAGCAAAUAAAAGGACAGCAGGAAAUGUUCAAUGACUGUAAAGAAACAGCAAAAAUAUGACAUACAGACUAUUUUAUUCAGGGACUUCUAGGUGUGCGUAUGAGGGUCGUGUAAAAAAUAAUAAUAAUAAACCCAACCAUGAAAUGAGACAAGACAGGAACUUUUUGCUCUUAAUGUACAAGCUCAUGUUUGUUCAGUGUUGUAGCUACAGUACUAUUUAGCAUAUAUGCGACGGUAGCCAUCGUUGUAUUGCCAUGCAAGACGUGUCAUGUGCUGAUUCCAUGCAUUUUUAUCAUGAAGCACGCUGGGUAUUUCCGUCCCAUGCCACGAGCUUUGUAGCACUGAAACAAUAAAAGCAAUCAAAGUUUGUCAUUAAGAAA